GCUUCUUCUGGCCAUUUGCCGAACCCCCGAAAAAAAAAAUCUCUUCGGCCGAGAAACUCUGUCAUCGCCGUUCCUUCUCAAUUAUUUUUCUUCGACGUCCUCUUCCUCAUCAUCGACACGAUUUUUGCCGGAGUUCCUUUACACGGUGUCUUAUCUAAUCGGUUUAAUUUUUCCCGGUAUAUAUAUAUAUAUACACACGUUGGUGGAGAUCCAUCCAUCUCUCGCCUGAAAUAUUCAAUCGGGGAAAAGUCGGUGAAGGAAAUCGGAGGUAGGGAUCGAGGUUUCAGGAUUUUUGGGAAGAAAGCAGGGAUCUUUGGAUUUGGGUUUCUGGGAAUUCACCUUCACCUUUCCCGAGAAAUAAGGGAGAUUCUGAUGCUUCCGCGGAAAUUUUCCGGCAGCUUGUAAAUGGAGAACCGAUUGAACUGCAAAGCGGGAGCCACUGAGUUGCUGUAUUUUCACUUUGGUUUUGAGAUUUGGCUCGAGGACACGGAACCCAAGAGCUACGUCUCGUCGAGUUUGAAUUCCCAUGUGUAAUCAGCCAACAGGUCAAGAAGACAACAGUAACCACCCCGGGAGAUCCACCAUGGAUUCUGGUUCGGUGAAUUCACCUUCUGUCUCCAGCCCGACCACUAGCUCAAACGAGGAGCCACCCCGCGUGAAAUUUCUAUGUAGCUUCUUGGGCAAUAUAUUGCCCCGUCCACAGGAUGGGAAAUUGAGGUACGUAGGCGGGGAGACACGGAUUGUUAGCGUCCCGAGAGAUAUAAAGUACGAGGAGCUGAUGAACAAAAUGAGGGAGCUUUACGAUGGGGACACGGUAUUGAAGUACCAGCAGCCGGAUGAGGAUCUCGAUGCUUUAGUCUCGGUCGUGAAUGAUGACGAUGUGACAAACAUGAUGGAGGAGUAUGAUAAGUUGGACUCGGGAGAUGGGUUCACCAGGCUUAGGAUCUUCUUGUUCUCCCAUCCGGACCAGGAUGGUUCGUUGCAUUUUGUAGACAGUGACGAGAGGGAAACUGAGAGGAGAUAUGUGGAUGCUCUGAAUAAUUUGAACGAAGUGCCGGAGUUCAGGAAGAUGCAGCAGCCUGAGUCUCCGCGUUUCAAUCCGCUUGAUGAUUUUCAUAUCAUGGAACCGAUGCUAAACCAGCUGAGCUUUGAAGGUGGUGGUCCUCAUAGCCAGAGGAGUAGUGAUAUUCCUGUCACGCAGUAUAAUCUGCACCAGCUCACAAUUCCUCGUGUUGGGUCAGGGCAGUUCCCUCCACAGAGGUAUGGUGAGGUCGAAGGUACAUGGAGUCCUUACUACUCUCCACGUCAGCACGAUCCGAGGACUUUCCAGGAAUUCCCAGCUUCGCCUUCUUCAGCUCGUUAUCGUGUGCCUUAUGGGGAUUUGCCCGAGAAAGGCUUUGACAAAAUGCCUGAGGAAUAUGUUAGGCAGCAAGCAAGUCAUCAUCCAUUAUAUGACCUCCAGGCCCAAGUUCCGGAGAAUGUUGUCUGGGUUCCGGCAGGUGCAAUGCCAGCUGAUAGCAAGGGCGGCUUUCCAGGGAAUGUACUUCACAACCCAGGUGUCUAUGAAGGGAGUAGCAUCUGUGGGAACUGCCGUGUGGCGUUUCACAGGAACCAACAACAUUUUGAGCAGCCUAAUCUAGGCAAUGGGUUUCCACCGGUUCCUCCUACUCAUUGUGAAGACUGUCCACCAAACAGGGAAAGCUUCUUGUUGAAUGCAGACCAAAAACUUCAUCAUGGUAUUUAUUCAAAUGAGGCUUUCGGUCACGAAAGAGGAUGGAUAAUGCAGCAUCAGGUGAACCCUAAUCCUGCCCUGGUUGAGGAAGUGAGGUCACACAUCUCCAGUGUUGGAAGAUCAAAUGAUCAUUAUGUUGUUGAUGGACCUGGGACGAGUUAUCCUCUUGGCCAUGGUAAUCCUGUGGAUGGUCAUCACACGCCAUCUGAUUAUGUUCAGCACCGAGCUGGACAUGAGCUGCCCAAUGAAGUGGUUCAUGAUAAACCUCUUGGUGGUGGUCCCUUGAAUUCGCACUUCCUUCCUGGUGAAGAAUGUGGGUUUCGUUACGGAAACCAUCUCUAUGCUCCAGGACCGGAAGGCAUUCACUCGGUGACACAUGGGCACAUACAUCCGCAACAAACCCCAUGGAGACAUGCUCCAAACCCUAUAAUUGGUGCCCCUGGCUUAACCCCGCAAGGGGAUGGCACUGUGAAUCAGGUUGUUAUCAGGGGUCCGAUGGAUGCAGGGAUUAGGUACUCUGUUGGAGUUGAGAAUCAAAGUGGUUUUCUUGAUUCGCCACGGAACAUGUUGGGUUUUGAUGGAAUAUCUUCCACUGGGCAGCCUUAUGUUCAGAAUCCUCAUGUUCCCGAUAGGGCAAACCCCCUCCCUUUGGACCCAAGUCGAGUGCCAUCUGAAAACAUCGCAGUGCAUAGGGAAUAUCUGCAAGUGACAGACCCGUCAUCAGCCCCCUUGUUCCAGAAGAAUAUCAAUGCUUUACCAAUUUUGCAGACGACCCACGGUGUGGAUAUGGUGAAGCCAGAUGAAAACAAGAUUGUUCAGGGGGAGAAAGAAUGUAAUUAUGUUGAAGGCGGUGUACCAAACGGUGUUACUUGCCUAGAGGAACCUGAGCAGUUAGCUCAUGAUGAAUCAAGUGCAUGGACUAAUGAGGGAAGGAGUAAUGCUGUGAAACCGGGAGAAGUUAGUCCUUCAACUCCUCUUGAAGGAGUGAAGCUAUCAGUUGAGCGUUUGAGUUUCUUGCCCGAGCUGAUUGCUUCUGUGAAGAGGGCUGCACUAGAAGGAGCUGAAGAAGUCAAAACCCAAGCAACUGAAACAGAUUUGGUGGAAAAUGAUUCUCUUAUCCAAUCAGAUCAUGUGAAUCACGAAGCAGAACCUGAGGUGGAUUAUGAUAGUGAUGAUUCAAACAACUUCAAGAUUGAACCAACAAAGGCUGAGGCUGAGGCUAUCGCCAGGGGACUUCAGACGAUAAAAAACGAUGAUCUGGAGGAGAUUAGAGAAUUAGGUUCAGGAACAUAUGGAUCUGUUUACCAUGGGAAAUGGAAAGGUUCUGAUGUUGCAAUAAAAAGGAUAAAAGCCAGUUGCUUUGCAGGCAAGCUUUCUGAGAGGGAACGUUUGAUAGCUGAUUUUUGGAAGGAAGCUCUGAUAUUGGGCUCCUUGCAUCAUCCAAACGUUGUUUCGUUCUAUGGGAUAGUUCGUGAUGGUCCAGAUGGGUCUCUGGCUACCGUGACUGAGUUCAUGGUUAACGGAUCCUUGAAACAGUUCCUGAAGAAGAAGGACAGAACUAUCGAUCGCCGCAAGAGACUCAUCAUUGCCAUGGAUGCUGCUUUUGGGAUGGAAUAUUUGCAUGGGAAGAACAUUGUUCAUUUUGAUUUGAAGUGCGAGAAUCUCCUUGUGAACAUGAGAGAUCCACAGCGUCCUGUGUGCAAGGUCGGUGAUUUGGGGCUAUCAAAGGUGAAACAGCAAACGUUAGUGUCGGGAGGCGUUCGUGGAACAUUACCAUGGAUGGCACCUGAGCUCUUGAGUGGCAAAAGCAACAUGGUGUCUGAGAAGAUCGAUGUCUACUCGUUCGGGAUCGUCAUGUGGGAACUGCUCACCGGCGAAGAACCUUAUGCGGAUAUGCAUUGUGCCUCCAUAAUCGGUGGAAUGGUGAACAACACAUUGAGGCCGAAAAUCCCGGCAUGGUGUGAUCCAGAAUGGAAGGCGUUGAUGGAGAGUUGCUGGGCUUUUGAUCCUUCUGAGAGGCCUUCCUUCUCUGAAAUCUCUCACAAGCUGAGAAACAUGGCCGCUGCUAUGAAUGUCAAAUAAAAACUCCUCCUGGGGAAAAUAAUUAACUACCCUAUGAUGAUGAUGAUGAUGAUGAAGAUAAAGAUUCUGCAGUAUAUAUAAGAGGCCUUCUACACUUUUUUUUUUUUUUUUUGUGGGGGCAUAAUGAGCUAUAUAUAUAUAUAUAUUCUGAUAUUGGUGAGCUUUAUAGAAAAGGGCAAUUCAGUAUCAGAAUCAGCAGUGAAGGUGAUGAUUCUGGGUAUUAUGUGUUGGAUUUGCAGGAAGCGAUGAUCUCUUGCAUGGGUUUUGAAGGUAUCUCGUUAUUACUUAUUUGUUGUUGUCUGCCUGUGUGUGUGUGUGAGAGAGUGGUACUAUACUGAUAACUUUUUGGACGUGUAUUAUUCAACGACGGUUGUAUCGUGAAUAAAUGUGAGAAUAUAUGUAUGGAAUAGAGUUGUAUUGAGUAA